UUUGGGAUGUCAGAUCAGAUGCUAGAAGAAGCAUCAAACGGAGCCUCGACGAUCGAAGAGUGGUCUCAAAAUCGCAGUGUCGACACACACGCUACGUCAGAUACCGGUGCCAGCAAGGUCUUCUUUGAGGAUGGGGGUGGUCUCGUUGGAGGGGAAAUAGAUUCAUGAUAGGACGACCUUGUUGCUUACCGCUGGCGAAAUCCGCUAUUUCUGCAGUCAGAAUGAAUGUUGUGAGUAAUUAUCAGCAGCGAGAAACGGGAAGUUCCCCCCUCUCCUUUCUGCAUCGCAUCGAUGGGUUGCUGUAGCGCUGAGCAAGCCCGUUA